AUGCCUCUCAAAAUCUUGAUCAUAGGCGCCGGCAUCGGUGGUCUAACUGCUGCGAUUGCUUUGAGAGAACAAGGUCAUGAAAUAACUAUGACAGAAUAUACAUCGACUGCUCACCGCGUGCAACUUCAUUCUCAUCUCAAAUCUAAAGCCCUCACACCAUCUCCCCCAAACCUUCCCAUCACCCUCCUCACAUCCCAUAAAGUUACUACCCUCGACCCCGUCACCUCUACCGUCUAUUUCUCAAACGGCAUAUCUCACACCGGGGAUUUGAUAAUUGGCGCAGACGGCGUCCACAGCCUAACUCGAUCCUUCACCCAAGCCCCCUCCUCUUCGAUAAAACCAUUCCCAAGCGGUAAAAGUGCCUAUCGCUUCCUCCUCACCCGAGCAUCCGUUCUCUCCAAUCCCAAAACCGCAAAACACAUGCAAAAAGAAGGUGAACUAAUCAUGUGGUUCGGUACCGAUCGUCGCGUAGUCGUAUAUCCGACAUCUUCCAACUCUUUGCUUAAUUUCGUAUGUAUACAUCCUGACGCAUUAUCUGAAUCUGAGAAAAAUUGGGAGGGAUGGGGUAAAGGUGGUAGUAAAGAAAAUCUAUUGAAGAUUUACGAGAGUUGGGAUGAAGAUAUGUUAGAGAUGUUAAAAAUGGCACGUUCGCCUACCUCUUCCGAUAUAAACACUACAGGCACUCUUAAAGUUUGGCGUCUCCUUGAUAUGCAUCCCCUACCUAAUUUUACAAGGGAAAAUCUCGUUCUUCUAGGAGAUGCAGCUCAUCCAUAUUUACCACAUCAAGGACAAGGCGCUGGUAGUGCUAUCGAAGAUGCGGCUGCUUUGGCUGUUGUUUUUCCGGGGGAUGUAAAGGAAGAGGAGAUCCAAGAGAGGUUGAAACUGUAUGAAAACAUUAGAAUCGGAAGGGCACAUCGAAUCCAGGAGUUUUCAAGGAUAUUAGGAAGGGAUCCUGGGGAGGGUAAUGAUGUUGUUGUUGAUAUUCGUAAACCAUAA